AUAUGUAUACUUUGAAUACUAGAAUAUUAGACUAAUGACAAAAAAGCACCUGUAACAUUUUUUCUGUUGUUUAAAGGAAUAAAUGUUACAACGGCUUGCCAUAGCUCUUGGAGCGCGCGAGCGAGUGAGGGAGGGCAUUGCUGCUUAAAAUGCUGUGAAUGUGACAGCCAAUAGACCAGACUGUCAGCCUCAGCUUGGGGAGGGAAUGUGGAGAAACCUCCGUGAGGAAAAUGCGCGCGAAGUGACGCGACACGCGCCGCUCUACAAGUGCUCUAAACGAUAUUCCAAGAACAGCGCGAGAACCGGGGCGCGAAAAGGACUCGCCCUGUUGAGGGGACAAACAUGACUGUGGUGCCCGGGGAGAACCUCGAAGAGACUGUGGCAUUGGCAGCCCUGUCCCAAGAUGUUUACGACCCUGAACGGGCAGACCAGGAGUGCUGCGAGCGGGUGGUUAUCAACAUCUCCGGCUUGCGCUUCGAAACCCAACUAAAAACACUGGCGCAGUUCCCCGCCACCCUACUCGGUGACCCCAGGAAAAGAAUGCGCUUCUUCGACCCUCUGAGGAACGAGUACUUCUUCGACAGGAACCGACCGAGCUUUGAUGCCAUCCUUUACUACUAUCAGUCUGGGGGCAGGCUGAGGAGACCCGUCAAUGUUCCCGUGGACAUCUUCAUGGAGGAGAUCAAAUUCUACGAGUUAGGAGAAGAAGUCAUUGAGAAUUUUAGGGAGGACGAGGGGUUCAUCAAGGAGGAAGAGCGACCUUUGCCCGAAAACGAGUUUCAGAGACAGGUCUGGCUGCUGUUCGAGUACCCCGAGAGCUCUGGACCCGCGAGGGGCAUCGCAAUCGUCUCGGUGCUCGUCAUCUUGAUAUCAAUUGUCAUCUUUUGCUUGGAGACUUUACCUGAGUUUAGGGAGGAUGGGAAAAUGAACGAGGAGAGCCUCGCACUCAAUGGAACGGCCAGUUUAAAGAAGCCCAAUCCAUUCACAGACCCCUUCUUUAUUGUGGAGACCCUGUGUAUAAUCUGGUUCUCUUUUGAAUUGCUCGUGAGGUUCCUCGCGUGCCCAAGCAAGCCCGCCUUCUUCAAGAAUAUCAUGAACACGAUUGACAUCGUGGCUAUUAUCCCCUACUUCAUCACCUUGGGUCUGGAGUUGGCCGAGCAUCAGGGUAACGGCCAGCAGGCCAUGUCUCUGGCCAUCCUGAGGGUCAUUCGCUUGGUGCGGGUGUUCCGCAUAUUCAAGCUUUCCAGACACUCAAAAGGGCUUCAGAUCUUGGGCAAGACCCUGCAAGCGAGCAUGCGAGAGCUGGGUCUCCUCAUAUUCUUCCUUUUCAUUGGAGUUAUACUGUUCUCCAGCGCCGUGUAUUUCGCCGAGACGGACGACCCCGAAUCGGGGUUCAGCAGCAUCCCCGAUGCCUUCUGGUGGGCAGUGGUUUCCAUGACCACUGUGGGCUACGGGGACAUGUGCCCAGUCACCAUCGGUGGCAAAAUAGUGGGCUCUUUAUGUGCCAUCGCCGGUGUGCUCACCAUUGCGCUUCCAGUGCCCGUCAUCGUGUCCAAUUUCAAUUACUUCUACCACAGGGAGACCGAGCACGAGGAGCAGAUGGAGUACACGCACGUGACGUGUGGCCAGCAGCAGCCCUCGUUCGGUGAAUUUAAUACGAGUGACAGCAAACCGUCCCUUGCUAAAUCAGACUAUUUGGAUUCGGAGGAUGGAGAUUCGGUCAAGUACACCAACUGCAGCCCCCAUAAAGCACACACGGGGAGGCUUACUGAUGUAUGAAUGUAGAAAGCCAACGAUUCUAAACCCAAAGAAGAGCACCUUUCUCCAUGAGUACAUCCUCAUCCCCUGUCAUAAUCUGAGGAACACUUUCAGUUGGAAACGACGACAGUGGAUUUAUACCGUGACGUGAUUUUCGAUUGUUUUCUAAACGGUCUUCCAUUGUUGUGAAUGUAGAGCAUCGAAGCGCGAGACGUAGGCGCGAAAAUAAAAAGAGAAUCAAAUAGAACGCGCAUUAUGUAUUAGAAAGCUGAAUUAAAUCGAUGUGUAGCACUUUAUUCGUGUAGCUCCGCGGAUUCGUGAUUCGUUAGUUCUCCACAAAUUCGUUGACAGUGCGAUACAGUUUACAAAUGCGCUCAUUUGAAAGAAAUAGUAGGACCAAUAUAUGUAAUUUUUUGUUAUUUGUUUUCUAACAAGUACAGCUCAACUGCAAGGUCGUUUUGAGAGAGAGAGAAAAAGAGAAAAAAAAGACUUGCCCCAGCUUAUUAAAAAAUGGCACUAUUAUUAUUAUUAUUAUUAUUAUUACCAUUUAAAAAGCUAGUUGUGUCUUGUGUAACGUUACAUUUGGAAAUUUGAGACACAUAUCUCAGAGCUGUAUUGAGGACGAUAGGUAGACUAGAAGAGCAAACCAGCUUUUGGUUUUUAAUUAGGAUCACACUGCGUUUUCAGGUUGUCAUCAUAUCAGUGGCUCUGCAAUAACAUUGAAAGGUUAUCAUGACAUCUUAAGAGUACUUGGUAACUUCACUCGAACUAUGUAGAGCACUUCAGGGAUAGACUUACACUGAGAAGCAUCAUUACGCAUCAUUAUCAACAGACGCGUAGGGAAUGAAUGAAAAAAGGUUUGAUUUCAACAACGUGCGCUCAAAUCUGGACACUUAGGAGCUAUUCUUUAUACACUAGUGUUAUCUAGCGGGAAAAGGCACUAACUGCAGUCUUUAUAAUACUAAAUGUGUUUCCAUAGCAACUUUCCAGACGGUUCUGGAAACAUUUGGGUAUUAUUGCUCCCUUAAUUUAUUCACAGGAAAGAUGGCUUUGGGUGUUUUUAUUUUAAAACAAGGUACAUUAAUGAAUUCAGUUAAGUUGAAGAAGGAAAAG